AUGGUGCCCCUCCUUUAUUUCCAGUUACUGUCCGUUGCCUUGUUCGGCAUCGGUUUUUACGGUGUCCUCGCCCGCAGAAGCGCGGUGCUCAUCGUAUUGUCCAUCGAGUUGAUGCUGAACGCCGUCAACAUCAACCUGAUCGCGGCCGCGUCCUACCUGAACGGUACGGGUCGCUUCGCCGCAUUCGACGGCCAGAUAAUCGCCAUAUUCGUCAUCACCGUGGCGGCUGCGGAAGUCGGACUGGCUUUCGCUAUCAUCCUGCGGAUGUAUCGCAACCGGGGAACCGUCAACGUGGACGAAAUCAACCUGCUGAAGUGGUGA